AUAAGCUUCAAACUCCAAGCAUUGGUUGCGUUGCAGGCCCUAAAUACUUAUAGUAGUUUUAUCGAGCAGGUAGUGCGCACACUCCAAACCAAUGAAACGCAACAAAGCAACGGUGUUGACAUUCGCUGAGAAAUGCAAGAAUAUAUUGGCAUCAAACUGGCAAGGUUCCCUUAAUACUAUCAAAGCAGAUGCCAAAGGAAGCAAAGGGGAUAUCCAUACAUCUAAGGUUAAAUACAUACUUAAAAGGGGGCAGCCAUACCUUUGGGUGCCAGAAAAUGAUUUGCAUAAUGUGAACACAAUCAUUGAUGAGCGUGGUUCAUUUGCUGUGACCAGCCCUUUUCCAGGCCCACUGGGAGUCUUAUUAAAAUCAAUGAAAAAGUUACCAAUACGGGUUGCUUUAUCUGGGGAAGUUCUUCCUCUUAAAGAAGAUAAGAUUAAGUCUCUUGCAGAAAAACUUCAGGAAGUCAUAUUAUCUGAGCAAAAAGUUAUCAAUGAGUUCAGUUACACUGUUUCUGGAGUACUAAGUUCUAGUGUUAGCUGUACAUCACGAAGUGAUAAUCUUCAGGAACUAUUGGGAGGCAGUGAAAGAUACUCUGUGUAUAGAUUUAGAAUGAGAUCUUGCACAUUUAUUGAUGCAUAUGGAGGCACAUUUGAAGUGGAUGUUGAAGAUUUGGAAACAUCCAAAGCUGAUGUCUUAGCACCAUUUUCAGCAAAGUUGAUUGAUGGGAUUAACCAAAGCGAGGCAAGGCGGAGAGCCCUCAUGCUUUUUUGUUUUGUUUACAUGGAUGCCAAUGCAAAGGAUGCAUACAUAGCAUCCAUUGAUCGCAAAGGAUUUGAUGUCCUGGCAAAAGUUUCCAGUCCAAUUUUGACGGAUGGCGUUGGUCACUACCAAUGGAAAGAAUUCAGGUUCAUGUUCAAGGAAGAGGCAAACAAUGUUGAAAUGUUUUGUCGCCAACUAGUCGAAAUGGAAGAGGAGGUCAUCAAUAAGGUUUCGACCUCUAGUGGACUAAAAUAAUAAUGUUGACCUUGGUCGGAUCCAUUUUUGUAUAAAAUGUCAGCUAAAAGAUAUGAUAGCUAAACAUGCAAGAGACUCUGCGCAUCUUGACAUGAAUAAUUUGACCCUUUACUUUUUAUGUUAUUUUUUGUCAAUUAGA